GAGCAAGAGGAUUUCGGGGAUGACGAGGAUGGCUUCGUGUCUGCUAAGUCGGAAGACGCACCCACACGCAUGUGGGUGUCGUGUGAAGCAGAGUUGCUGCGGCAACAGCAGCAGCAGGAAGCACCGAGAGGAGACGGUAGGCUUCAGCAGCACCAUCCCCAGCAGCACGCUGCUUAUGCUCAUCAGCAGCGGCAGCAAAGACGCAGAUCCUGUAGUAUUGCCUGGGAGCAAGACGAAGAGGAAGGCGACACGGCUGUGAGUGCAGCAGUGUGUCGCUGCGAAACUGUAGAUGAGUUGCUCCAGUUGCUGCAUAAUGUGGCCGCAAGCACGCCGCUGCGGCAGCAACCAUCAAGCGUGCUGCUGAGAGCCCUCCACCAGCUAGCUGUGCUUGCUGGAAACACGACGAGACACCCGUCAAGCAAGCAGCAACGUCCCCAUCACGUAUCGAGAUUCCCCAUUGUCAAGGACCUACUGGCUGCACUGCAGCUCUGCGGAACGUCUCUCAGCCCACCAGGAGCAGUCGAGGUUCUCAGAAACCUCAGCCGUCUUAAUCUCCUGCCGCAGCAGCCGCUGCUGCAGUCGGUGCUGUCCUCCCUGCGAAGCAGCACUUCAAGGAGCAGUAGCAGCAGCAACAGCAACAGCAGCAGCAGCAGCAACAGCGAAAAGGGCGACCCGUGGCGCCUCUCGUCCAACAGCCUGGUGGCGCUUUGGCAAGCGGCGGACGACAUGCCCCUGCUGCAGCAGCAGCAAGGCUUGCUCCAUCCCCUCGUCGCGAUUACAACUCAGCGUCUCAACAAAGCCGCGGCAGAGGCAGCGGGGAGGGCUGCUGAAGCUGCGUCCAGAGAUCCCAUGAGACUGGAGCCGCAGCAUGCUGUGUGUAUUGGUCGCUGCGCUGCACGGAUGCGGCUGGGGUGUAAAUACACCUCCCUCACAGAGUCUUUUGGAAGAUACAUUCGUGAUUGGCUAGCUGUGGACCCUCCGUUCCACCCGCAGCAAGGACUGCAGCUCGUGCAUCAGCACUGGCGGCAGAGAGGCAGCGCCAAGGAUAGACUGCUGGCUACAUCUAAGUGCUUGUUUGCACUAGCCCGCCUCGAGGAUCAGCAGCAGCGAGCGAAAACGCGAAAGCAGCAACAGCGAGCCACCUUCCAGCCUGCAGAACUGCAGAAGAUACUGGUGCGCCUUGCAGCAGAUCUUCAUUUGCUGCAGCCUCAAGAGAUGCCGCUGCUGCUGGCAGCUGUAAACGCCCUCCUGCUAGGACGGCAGCAGCAGGAAGAUGUGCAGCAGCCUUUCUCCAACACGGCCGUGGUGGAAGCCAGAGCAGCAACGUCGUCGGCUGCUGAGACGUCGUCUGCCGUGCGAGCUGCUGCUCAAGUCUUUGCUGCCAGUUGUCGGGGUGUCGUAGUGCAACAGCUGCAGCGGCAGCACAUACGCAGAUCCGACACCGCGUUGCAACUGCUGCUGCAUCUUCACGUGCUGCAUGCGCGUUGCGGCUUGCUGCUCCCCUCGCUGAGUGCUCCCGCCCUUGCAGAUACAGCUGCUGCAGCGGAGUGGGCACGCACUGCUCGAGAACUCGCUGGCAGAGCCGUCACUUUGAUCCAAGAGAGACCUGCAACGAGCACUGUUGCCGCUGCAGAAAUGCCAGCAGCGUACGGAGAAGCAAAACUUGGGGAAGAGACUGCAGCCCUCCACCGCCUAAUGCAGGGGGGAGGCGUAGCAGAUCCACAAGACAUUGCUGCAUCUGCUCCUCUGCUGCUGUUGCGGUACAGCAGCGACCACUGCGGAAGUGCUGCUGCUGCUGCACAGCUGAGAGCAGGACGGGCAGCAGCCAUGGAAGCGGCUGCAAGUGCUGCCAAUCAGCGCAAUAAGGCUCUCCAUAGAACAAUUAUUGCUGCUGCGUCUGCAGAGGGAGUGCUGGACGCCGUAGAUAUGGCUAGCCGAAGGGGCAAGCAGGAGCAGAAGCAGAAGAAGGGCGCUGCAGGUCCUUUAGGCGUCAAUGCAAUAGUUGAAAGGUAUGGUAUAGAUUUGGCGGAUGUGACAACUGCUUUGCAUCAUCUUGCCAUCCUAUCGAAGCAGCAUCCGCGACAAGACAAGCAGACGAGACGGCAGCAGGUGGAGCUUUUGCUUGAUGCACGGAUGAUGAGGCUGCUGAGCGCAGCUGCUGAUUAUGCCCCCGUAGCGGACGGCAGUGUAACUCGCAUUCUAUGGGCAGUGCAUCGAAUCGGUUUGCUGCAGCCGCUGCGCCUUUUGCUGGAGCAGCUCAGUCUGCAGCAGCAAGAGGAGCAGAAGCAGGUACUACUACCACGACUUCUUGCCGUGAGGCAGCGCCUUCGAACGGCCUUGCUGCUCCGGCUCGCCACACUUUGUGAGGCUCAGCAGCUCUUGCCGCAGCAAGCUGCUGCCUCCCUGCGUGUGCUGGCUGCCAUGGUCGAAGAGGCGGAGGCAGGCGCAGCUGUACGAACACGCGCAACAGAUGCAGUGUCUGAGGAAGAGGAGGAGCACAAGCAGCAGCCUACUGAGACCGCUGCUGGGGAUGACAGCGACAGCCUAUCCCUAAUUAAAAAUCCGAAAUUCGCUGCCUCUCUGUGCAACGCAGUGCUAAGGGGGCUGGAUCAGCUGCAGUCAGCAGAGGCGUCUGCUGUGCUGCUGGCUUUGGCGAAGCUGCGCUGGUUGCUGCUCCCCGACCUCUCCAGGCAGGAGAAGCAAGCGCAAACCGAGCAACAGCAGGGAGCGCUAUUAGUGCAGCGGCUUAUUCACGUGCAGCUUUUGCCUGCCCUUCUUCGCCGGAUGCAGGAGCUCUUGCGGUUCUCCAACGCGCAGAGCAUCGCUUCAGCUCUUUGGGGCCUUGCUGUGCUGCAGCAGCAGCAAGAGUUGUUACAGCAGCAGCGGCAGCAGCAGCACUUGCUGCAGCAACCGCAACAGCAAAUCGCGGCGGAAGAGACUGCAGUAGGGGAACGUGCGGCAGAAGACUUUGUUGCCGACGCAGCGCAACGGUUGCAGCAGCAGGGGGUGAUCUAUCGAGAGGGAACGAGGUGUCUCUGUCUGCUGCUAGUUUCCUUUACGCAGCUAGGGCAUCUGCUUGUGCGUUCCCAACAGCAGCUUCGCCAGCAGCACCUGAGGCUGCUGCUCCUGGAGCUCGUUCGUGUGGCCCUUCAACGCGUGCGAAAUUGCGUAGCCGAUCGAGGCGAUCACCUAAUGCAGCAGCAGCAGGUGCAGCAGCAGCAGAUGCAGCAGCAGCAGCAGCAGCCUCAGCAAGUGUCUCGCCACGAGCAGCACCGCCACGAUGCUGCUGACAUGUUGCACCUGGUGUGGCAGAUGCUUGCGCGGCUAACGGAGCUAUCCGUGCUCCCUUCGGCUGGUACUGCUGGUGAUGGUCAAAAGCCUGCAGCUGCGGAGGCGCAGCCAUCAUUUCCUGCUGCCGACGCCGCGCUUGCUGCCGCAGCUGACACGGCUUGGAUUGAGGGGCUUUGUGGAUCUCUUGAAUCGGCAGGAGCAGAGCUGACGAGCUUUCUCGCAAAAGAGCAGGCGGAGCCGCCCAGUGGAUUUACACCUCACAUGGCAGCUAGAGUGCUGCACUCUGUGAUACGCGCAGCCGUCGCAUUGCAGCAAGCAGCAGGGCACCAUGCAGCUCAGAAUGCGGAAGCCUUUCAAGCAGCAGCCACGCAGCGCUUACUGCUGCAGGUGGCGAGAGGUCUUAGGAGCCGCGCGCUCACUCUUCUUGACGAAGCAACUGCAGCAGCCGCCGCUGCUGCUUCUGCUACCUCACGUGACAGGCAGGGCGUUGCUGCUGCAGCGGAACGGCGCCUUGCUGGCAUUUCUCGAAGGACAGCCUCAGAGGAGACAGAUGCUCCUAUCAAGACGCUGACUCCCCACAACCAGCAGCUGCUGAAGGCCGCUCUCCUGGCUGUCGGAGCGGCACGGCGGCUUGACGGGCUGCUGCUGCAGCAAGUGCAUGCUGCGUCUGCUGCUGCUGGGGGAGGAGCAGGAGCACUCGCAGGAGGUGCCUCCGAACAGCUUCCCACGGUCGUAGGCGCUAAGGUUCCAGCUCGAGCUGAGCACCGUGCGACUUCCCUGCGGCUCAUUGCGCGGCUGCUGCAAAUGCUGCCUCCCAACGCCACCCCGCAGCUGUCGCAAGUGCUCAGUGAAGCAAACCGUCUGCUUCAGCCCAUCCAUCAAUCCGAGGAAAACAAGUUUCAGCAGCAGCAGCAGACUGUUUCGGCGGCACAGACCUCUCGAACGCCGCGCCGAGGUCGGGCUCCUGCAGCAGCUGCAGCUGCAGGAGCCAACGAUGCAGAAGUUCAGGAGAUGCGCGUAUUUGCUGCAGUGUUGAGCAAGUGGAUUAGCAGCCACUGGUAUGACAUGAACCCCGCACUGCAGCGGUUGCUUGUGCCCCUUAUUGAAUUUCUGGGAAUUCAACAGGCCCUACUGCAAGUUCUCGACUGUCAAUUCGACCCGCUGCAGGAGCACGCCGUACAGCAGCACCGGCCGGCAGCGGCUGCCGCAAGACAGAAGACGCCUGCUGCACGGCAGCAGCUGAUGCAGCUGCUGCGGUGGAAACGGCGUCUGGGGGCUGCAUGCGCUGCUGCACUGUUCGUCACUGUUGCCUCGGAGCUGCAGCACUUGCCGACAGGGGAGGCAGCAUCUACGGCUGCCGAUAUGCUGCUUGCACUGCAACGCCUCAAGCCAGACGAACGGGAAGCUGCUGCUGCGGCUGCGCUGCCCGUGUGGGACUCCAGCAGCAGCAGCAGCAGCAGCAGCAGCAGCAGCAGCAGCAGCAGCAGUAGCAGCUGUCACCGUGGCAAGGGCAAGGAGAAGCGGGAGGCAUCGGCGAAGCUGCUGCAGCGGCUUCUGCAGUUUCUCGGGAGGCCUCCCUCGCAAAUCGCUUCAGCGGUCGACGCACCCCCAACGCAUCGCCAACUGCAGCAGCUUGAGCACAGAGGCACGAUGUGGGGAGAGAUCGAGCUGCGAGUUGCUGCCCGUGCUGCAGUGGCUGCAAGCGACUUGCUGAGGGAAUGGCAGGAAGAGCCGAACAGCGAGGCUGCCCAGCUCCUGCAGCCUGCAGUGUAUGCGUUGCUGCAACACAUGACAAAGGCUGCAUCCGCGACGCCUAGCGAUGGCGCGUUCAUUUACCUUUCAGAGGCUGACCAGCCAGAAGACCAGUGCAGCUUUGCGUUGGCGGAGGACUCUUCUGCGUCAAGUGCAGCCUUCCCCGACACACAGGCGAGCAAGACUUCCCAUGAGGCGUCGCCUGCGACGCUCACAGCGGUGGCUGCAGCGUUGCUCCGCCUAAGGCCGUUCAUGUCUGACAUGCAAGCAGCAGCAAGCACUGCGGCGUCGCGACAGGUGCUUUUGCAGCUCUGCUCUGCUGCUGCCACGCGCCAUGCACAGCCCAAGCAGCUGCUGCAUUUGGACCGCCAUUCAGCAGUAUCUCAAGCUGCAGCGGCGACACUGCUGCUGCGUGAAUUGACACAACUGCUGCAGCCGACGCGUACGGCGGCAUCACGGGAGGUAACGCUGCUUUCGCCUCGAGAAACAAGCGAAAUUUUCGCUGCAGCAGCAAAGCUAUUGCGAUCCGCAAAGCAAACGGUUUCCUCACUGCCCCGAACUUCCGCUUUAUCGCUCGUGCAGGAGGCAGCUGAGAUAGCGCUGCAUGCGACAGGAAAAGCAACAACAACAGCCGCCAAGGACGCCUGCGACGCGCUAUCCGCGGCUGCUUCGCUGCUGCGCUUGUCGUGUAGCUCGUUCCAGUUACCCAUGGACGCUGCUGCUAGUGUUGCGGUUGUUGCUGCUGCGGCGUCCAUGGGGAAGCUGAUCGCUGCCCUUAAGCGACUCCACCCUGCAGUAGCACAGGCUGCGUCCGAUCUGGCAGCUCACGACAGCGGAUCGGGAGUGCCAGCAGCUCUGCGACAAGCCGCAGACGACGUGGAUGCUGCACAGCAAGGUCUAACGGCUGCUACUCUACAGUUGGCGCACAGCAUGGCAGGAGCAGAAGCCGCAGCCGCAGCUGCUUCUGGUGCUUCAGUUGCGGCAGCUGCUGCUGUUGCGGACGAGGGGGUUGGUCUUUUGGCAGACUCUUCGGCUGUUCAUGCUACUGUUGAGCACGCACAGGUUCCUCCCGAAAUCGAAAAGAGCAACGACGCACUGUGGGGAGCAGCAGUGGAUGCACUGCUGCAGCAGGCGGCUCCCUUGGGAGCCUCGAAUGUCUUGGAGUGGGCAGAUUCCGCCGUCACCCUCAGUAGCACUGGCUUGCUCCAGCACCGCAGCGCUUCAGAGGAAAUAUUACCGGGAGGAGCAGCAGCAGCACCGUGUGCAGAGCAAACUGUUGCAGGAGCGACGUGGAUGCGGCUGCAGCGGGCGCUCAGGCUCUGGACCUCUCCACAAGCUCCCCGGCUCGCUGCUGCCUCCCGCUUAAUCGGCAGCACUCGUUUCGCUGCUCUUGGCGAUGCUGCUGCUACCGCUAUUCGAACAGAACUGCCGACUGACGAACCACCCAAAGGGGCUGCAGACGAGCAGCCUCAACCAGUAGCAAAAACAACAGCGAAAGCAGCAGCAGCACCAACAAGGGUGGCCACAGGACGCAAGAGGCAAACACUUGGAGAUGAUGUUGUACGGUUAUGGCUCGCAGCGGAGCUUCUGGCAGCAGAAUGUGAGCAGCCUGAGCAUCCCCAACAACAAGAAUGCGGGCGACCUGCUCAUGCAGUAACUGCUACGCGUGCAACCUUGCUGGAAGCUUUACUGUCUGCAACGCGUGCAGCAGCACCAAGGUGAGAGGCAGCAGCAUCAACAGCAGUCCGCCGUCUGACACUGCUCCUGCUUCUCCUGACGGCAGCAACUCGGCUGGGUGCUUUCGAGGCUUUGCACUGGCAGUCCCUGCAACCGACGGAGGAUCCGAUGGAUAAAGAGGCGCAAUUGCAGCAGGGCAUCUUUCAGAUGCUGCUCCCUUCGAUCUCGGAUGCCUUUGCCGAACUGCUGCCUGGCGAGCAGCCACGGAACGUUCCAUCAACAGCAGCGGAAGCACAAGACGCUGCUGCUGCUGCUUCUGCAGCUGCAUGGACGCUGCAGUGGCUGCGCCAGGCCCGCGCGACGCAUGAACCCCUGCUGCUGCAGCUCGCAGCGAUCAUUGAUCGUGCAGCAGCGGCUGCAGCAGAAACGCUGCCAGCAGACGCAGCUCGUGCCCUCGAAAGAGCUCUCCAGCUUCUUUCGGAUGCAGCUUGUAAUCAAGUGAGAGGUCCAGGCCUUACCGCCAUAGCCAGUGCAGCUCUGCGUCUCGCAGCGGAGGGUCUACAGCAGCGGCAGCAGCCGCUGCCUCAGCUUCUCCGCGUGCUCCGUCUCGCAAUGGCUGCAGCAGCCUUUCCUCCGACGGUAGCUCUGCAGCAAGAACGGCGGGAGUCUCAGCAAGCCUUGCCACAAACGGUCCCAGGAAAGCACCCAGGCUGGAAUUCAGAGGCUUCCUCUGCUUAUAGGGCGCUGGUGCGUCAGGCAUCCGAUCAAGCCGGAGCCGUGCUGCAGCAGCUGAAUAUGGCAGCCACUGCAGCGAAGGAAAAAAGUGCGAGCUAUUCCCUGGAUAGCGCGCUUCGGCGCCUCCAAGGACGGGGUGUGUCCGUGUUGGGCAUGCUGGACUGCCUCAACAAGCAGGGAGAAGCAACAGUUUGUGCUGCAGCUGCUGCAGGAGCAGCAACCUCUGCCCUAACCAGAGGUGCUAAGGCUGCACGGACGGCUGCAGAAACACUGCAGCAAGCUGCGGAGCGGACGAAUGUUUAUUCAAGUGCUUUAGUUUUCUAA